AUGAAGAAUAAUCUUGACGUUGAGAGAAAUGGAGUCAGAGAAUAUACCACUUCUCUGGAAAAAAAUGACAACAUCAUUAUUGAAGUUGAAAGCAAGACCGAUAUUUGCAAACCAGAUGGGUUGAAUGGGGUACUUGGUUCAUUCAUGCCAAUGGAAAACGCAGAGUUAGACAUUAAUUCUUCGCUCACAGAAAACCAGAAGAUUGAUAUUAAAAUGUCCCAAGACCCUUUACAAAGAUCGCUAUCGAAAAAGUAUAGCACGAUCCUUGCAACAGGCGCGUGGGUAGCUACGGGGUUUUUAGUUGUUCUUGGUAUUCCAUUUAGGGCAGCAGGGCCUUUGGGGUCUCUAUUGGCCUAUAUUAUCAUUGCAAGUAUCGUAUUUUGUACAGUUCAAGCUUUAGGGGAACUUUCUGCGGCUUAUCCUACUGGUGGUGCAUUUAUAAAAUACAACAUUAGAUUCAUCGAUAAGUCCUGGGGUUUCGCUAUGAGUUGGAAUUAUUAUAUUCAAUAUUUGAUGAUGUUUCCAUUGGAGUUAUAUGCCUUGUCAAUUACUAUCCAGUAUUGGGAUCAGAAAACAAACCCAUCAACAUAUAUAGCGGUAUUUUACACGUUGAUAAUAUUGAUCAAUAUAUUUGGAUUUAAAGGUUAUGGCAAUGCAGAAUUGAUCUUAGCCGCUAUUAAACUUAUUACCAUUGCUGGUUUCGUCGUUUGUUCUCUUGUCUUUGUCUGUGGUGGUGGCCCCACAGGAGAAUAUUUUGGGGGAUCAUACUGGAAUGAUCCUGGUUCAUUUUCUCAUGGCUUCAAAGGAAUUUGUUUUGCAUUCGCAACUUCUGCUUUUGCGUUUGCGCGAACUGAAUUGGUUGGUGUGGCUGCUGCCUCAUCACUGAACCCAAGAGAAGCUUUACGUAGAGUAGCGAAACAUUUUCUAUGGAGAACUCUUCUCAUAUAUUUGAUUCCGUUGAUCUUUGUUGGGUUUCUAGUCAGCUACGACGACGAAAUGCUCUUAGGAGCUGGUCCAUUAAAAGCUUCUUGUGCGCCAUUUACACUUGCCAUAAAGCGCGCUGGGGUUCAAGGAUUGACAUCCGUCAUGAAUGCUGUCAUCCUUAUUUCCGUCUUUUUCAUAGGAAUCAACUCAAUCAAUUAUUCUGGUCGUACAUUAGCUUCAUUGGCUGCAUGUGGUCAGGCACCAAAAGUUUGUGGAUAUAUUGAUAAGGAAGGAAGACCCAUCGUUGCGAUCCUUAUACAAGCAGUGGUUGGAACAAUCGCAUUCUCGCGAUCCACUCUCAUCGGAGACAUUGCAGUUGAUUUCUGUUUAUUAUUGUCUUCGGUAUCAUCCAUUUUUACGUGGAUGUCGAUUAACUUCUCUUAUAUUAGAUUUAGGAGAGCUAUGUCAGUUCAAGCUCGUGAUCCUAAUAAUCUCCCUUGUACAUCAUUAUUGGGGGUAUGGGGUGCCGUUUACGCGUGUGUAAUUAGUUUCUUGGUAUUGGCUGGUUACUUCUGGACCGCAUUAUUCCCAUUGGGUAAAGAUCCAGAUGCCGAGGAGUUCUUUAAAGCAGGUUUAUGUUAUGCUAUGGUAUUCGUCUUUUACUUUGGUCAUAAGUUAACUACGAAGGACUGGAGAUUAUUUUAUAGGGCCUCUGAUAUCGAUCUUGAUACUGAGAUGACUAAAGCGGAUGUACAAAAAAUUGAAGAUAUGGACAGGCAUGUAACGUUAAUGCGGAAGGAGUCAUUUUUUGCGAGGUUGUCCAGCUUCUGGUGCUAA